GGGCCUUGGCGCAGGUCCUCUAAAGUCAGUCUUUUUAUUUUUUAUUUUUGUUUGUAUUGAGGUUUGAACUCAUGACCUUGUGUUUGCCAAGAAGGCACUUGUGCCACUGAGCUACCCCCCUCCACCCUUUAAAGCCAAUCUUGCACCAUACUGCAAUUAAUAUUAUAUUUGAAAGAUGGCUACAUAGUGAUUAAGGUCCUCUGGCUCAGACAGACCUGGUUUGAGCUCUGACCCUGGCUAGCUAUGUGACUUUGGAAAACUACUUAUUAUCCAUUAGCCCUGAUUUUGCUCAUUUGUAAAAACAGGAUAUCUACCACCUGAAAAGUAUUUAGCACAGUGUCUGGCACACUGCAAGUAAGUCCUCAACAAGUCCAAUUAGUAUAAACCAUCAUCAUAGUUAUUAUUUGAAUGGAGAUCUGCUGUCACUGUACCUCUGAGAAAAAUGGUCAGAAAUAAUCAUUAAUCUAAGGCAUGUAAAUAUACUAAGACAUACUAAAAGACACAGAGAUAGAAUAUGAAUAUAGUAUAUAUAAGGCUUACAGGGCUCGUUGAAAAGAUCAAUGUGAGCUGUAGGACAGAUGAAUAAAGAGUAGCUGCAUGUUCAGACUGGAAGGAAUCACCUCCUUUCCUUAUGCUAGGAUAGAAAUUUUCCUCUAGACAGCAAGCUCAAUUUGUGAAACCAAAUCAGUUAGAAUUUAUUCAUGGAAGAAGGGUUUCAGUGGGACGGGAGAAGGGCAGACCUUUACAUGCUAAAGGAUAUUUGAAAGGGAAAAGAACGAGGAGUUGAGAGCAUUCUGAGGUUGCCAUUCUAGAAGUAUUUUGACAGGAAAACAUCCAGAUCAAUUAAUUUUGACUGAAUGGCUACUGUGAGUCUGGUUCUGUUAGAGAUUAAGGUAUAGAAAAGAACAUGAUAAUUUCUGUUCAUAAGGAACUCAAAGUCUUGAUGGAAAGCAAGGAGAGAAAAACAAAAUAACUUAUUACUAGCAGUAAAACAAGUGCUAUAAUAAGAGAAUAAUUGCAGCUUUGCAACACAGGUCGUCAGGGUGACAGGGACUGAGCAGAACCUCCACAUAGCCAGGUAAGCUGAAUGAUUUUCAGAACUACACAAGAAGCCCGCGUCCCAGUUCAUCUAUUCCUCAGACAGCGGAGGGGUCUGGCAUCUAAAUUAUUCUGCGUAACGAAGAGGUGCGCUGAGCUACGAUAUGCUCGAUACUUAUGGCUUAAAGGUGAGAAGGUGUUCGCCAGGGUGACUGGGGAGGGGAAGACAACCUUGGCAGAAGGAACAGCGAACACCAAGGUACUGAAGCCUAAGGCCAGGCAUAAUUUAUUUAGAACUCCCAAUCUUCUUUCCCAUUCUCUCCACCCAGGGUUGCCAGACAGAAAUGCUACUCAUUUAAAUCUGAAUUUCGGGUAAAAAAUAUUUAAAAAAGUAUGCCCCAAGUAUUGCGAAGAACACACUCUGGGCUUCCUUCGACUCACCCUAUGAGCCCACAAACCCCUCUGUAAUGCCGGAGAGACAGCCGUUGCGAUAAAGUAUGAGAACUCUUCGUUUAUUCUCUUUUCAUUCCUACAUUUUUCAAUCUCGAGGUUCCAGCCUAAGAAUGAGGAAUGCAGUUUGCAGCUCGCGGCUUGCUGGAUAUCAAGGACCCAUUUUUACCUACUAGAAUUGAGGCGAAUGAAGGGGUCAUAAAUCAUCCAGCUUUACCAAAAGCCAAACCAGAGUUCGCUUACCCUCCAGCGAAUACCGCGCAACCUAGAACCGGAAAUCCCGCCUCCUCCGAAGUAAAGUGAAAGCGAACAACCAAUCCAAAGGAAGGAAAUUCUGUCGCGGGCUAGACAGCGAAACCUAAGAGGGGCUUGAGACCGGAAGCAGCAAGGAGGCGGGGCUCUAUGCCGGAAGUGAGAGUCCGGUAGUUUCUUUUUUUCCCCCGUAUGGUGCCCUACUAGGCUGGAGGAGUGCCCACCACCUGAUGGGGACCGUAGCGACAAUUAACAAUCUGGACGCCGUUUGGAGCUGGGGCUGAGCAGCCGUCCCACAGUCAGGUCAUGGCCUCCAGAAGCCACUGGGGAGCGUGGUUCCCGAGCCUGUGGGUGCACCCCGCCUGCGUCUUCGGGGUAGCCUUUCUUGCCCGAGUUGCCCUGGUAUUCUAUGGGGUCUUCCAGGACCGGACCCUGCACGUGAGGUACACGGACAUCGACUACCAGGUGUUCACCGACGCUGCGCGUUUCGUCACUCAGGGGCGCUCCCCUUACCUGAGGGCGACCUAUCGUUACACUCCGCUGCUGGCUUGGCUCCUCACUCCCAAUGUCUACCUCAGUGAACUGUUUGGAAAGUUUCUGUUCAUCAGCUGCGAUCUCCUCACCGCUUUCCUUUUGUACCGCCUGCUGCUUCUGAAGGGGCUGGAACAGCGUCAGGCUUGUGGCUACUGUGUCUUCUGGCUCCUCAACCCUCUACCCAUGGCCGUGUCCAGUCGAGGCAACGCGGACUCCAUUGUCGCCUCCCUGGUGCUCAUGGCCCUGUACUUAAUAGAGAAACGACUCAUCGUGUGUGCCUCAGUAUUCUACGGUUUCGCGGUGCAUAUGAAGAUGUAUCCGGUGACCUAUGCCCUUCCCAUAACUCUCCACUUGCUUCCUGAACGCGACAAUGAAGAAUGCCAUCAGUCCGGGCAUUCUUUCCAAGCUCAUUUGUACGCAUUCCUGAAGAGGCUGUGUAGUCGCGCUGUACUGAGCUUUGUUGCAGUUGCUGGCCUCACGUUUUUUGCCCUGAGCUUUGGUUUUUACCAUAAAUAUGGUUGGGAAUUUGUGGAGCACACUUACCUUUAUCAUCUGACGAGGCGGGAUAUCCGUCAUAACUUUUCCCCGUACUUCUAUAUGCUGUAUUUGACUGCAGAGAGCAAAUGGAGUUUUCCUCUGGGAAUUGCUGCGUUCCUACCACAGUUUAUCUUGCUUUUAGCAGUGUCCUUCACCUAUUACAGAGACCUUGUCUUUUGUUGUUUUCUUCAUACGUACAUUUUUGUGACUUUUAACAAAGUCUGCACCUCCCAGUACUUUCUUUGGUACCUCUGCCUUCUGCCCCUUGUAAUGCCACUAGUGAGAAUGACUUGGCAGAGAGCAGUCGUCCUCCUAAUGUUAUGGUUUAUAGGGCAGGCCCUAUGGCUGGCACCUGCCUAUGUUCUUGAGUUUCAAGGAAAGAAUACUUUUCUGUUUAUUUGGUUAGCCGGCCUGUUCUUCCUGUUUAUUAACUGUUCUGUUUUGAUUCAGAUUAUUUCCCAUUAUGAGAAGAAACCCCUGACAAAGAGAACCAAAUAUGACUAACAGACCAAAAACAUAGUUUUGGAAUUUUUUUUUGAAUAUUCUAAGCAUUCUAGUGAAAAUGUCUUUGUUUCAACAGAAAUUAAAGCCAGUGUUUGCUUUAUACUUAACAGGGACUUACUAAUUGAAGCUCAUCUUAUAGAAAAUCUUAGAACUCAUUUAUACAUAAUGGGAAGUAAAGAAUACUUGUUUUAAAAUGGAAAGACCAAUUGGGUAUGGUGCUGCAUACCUGAUAAUCCUAGCACUCAAGCAGGCUGAAACAGGAGAAUCACAAAUUCUAGAUGACAAGCCUUUUUAGCAAGUAGAAACUUAAAAAUAUACUAACGUUUUAAUGUAUAACUAAAAAAUAUCUUUGGAUAUUUGAGGUCCUUAAACAUACAAACUAUUAACACACCUUAGUAUAUUUUUAUCUCUUUAAUUUUAAAAGGGUUUUUCAUCUAGCAUUUAGUUGUCCUAUUGAUAUAGCAAAAAUAUUAGGAAAAUAUUGUUUUAUCAUUGAACUUGUUAGACAUUUCCUAGCUUAAACACACCCCAUUUAAUGAAAAUGUUGUGUUGGAAAUUGAGACCUUCAAGGGAGGCUCUUGGAAAACAUAAACAACAGCAUUCUAAGGUGUCGUUGCUCUGCUAAAUUGGAAAUUGUGGAGGGAUAUGUAAAAAUGAGGUUUUGGUGGGCAGAUCUGUCCCCCUUAUCACUAAUAUUUCUGGGGAAAACUGUUUUCUGUGUUUUUUGAACAAGAAUCCUGAAAACUUAAAUAUAUAUCCUAUAUUGGUUGGGGUUCAUAAUAUUCUAAAAUGUAGUGAUAUAGGAAUAUGAUUUUGUGGUUUUGAUUUUAAAAGAUGAGUCACUUAAAUUGUUCUUUCAGUCAAAAACAGCAGACCUAUUAUAAACAAAAAGCUCCAGAGCAGUAGUAUUUUUCGUGUUAAUUCAGGCCUAAAGUCUGAGAACAAAGUGACCAUAAGCCGGUCAUCAUGAAGAACUGUAUUAUUGGCAGCAUUUCUUCGCUGGUACCUUUUAAGGAUCUGGCAUUAGAAGGAAAGACUAGGUGGCUUUUCAUGGGCCGCUGUUUGAGUGAAAACAGCAGGGUCAAAUUUGAGGACAGUGACAUUCCUUCUAGUCCCCUACCCUGUGUUAGGUCUCAUGUUGAUUGCUCUUUGUAUAUCACUGUUCAACUAGUGGCCUUCCAACUAUGGCAUUCUUACCUUUACUAUUAUUUUUGAGUAACUUAAAAAAUGUGUUGAUAAAGCUAGAAGGGGAAGGGAUGAGAAAUAGAAAUACUGUAGAAUUUCCUCAUCCAGUAUAAUUGUCUUUAUUUUCCUGAUUACUGUUUUAUAGUUAAUGUAUUUGUUUCUUUCUUAUUUGUUUAUUUAUUUGAAGUGCUAAGAGUCAAACCCAAGGCCUUAAGCAUCCAGACAGUCACUCUACCAUUGAGGUAUUCCCCUGGCCCCUUAUGUAUGUUUUACUUUAAUUUUCUUUAUUGUAGCUUACCCUUUGUACUUAGCACUGAAAUUACUAAAUAAUCUGUCAUGUGGUUGUUCACAUCAUAAAUUAAAAGGCCUAACUUCCA